AUGUCUUCACUUCUCCCCUUCGUCGGGUGGGCUGUUCUUCCAAAUUAUGUCACAUCUUUCUUACAAAGUGUCUACUAUGGCAUGACCAUUCGCGCUGGUGAGCCCCGGCCACAGCCUCAAUCGCCCAAAUUCGAACGCCAUCGUCGCCGUAUCUUCAUCUUCGUCAUCACCAGCUACCUCCUCUACACACUUUACGAGACCUUCCACCAAGUCCAGGUGGCAGGCGACUACUACCAAGUCCUGGGAGUCUCACCCUUCGCCGAUGAGCGAGCUAUCAAAUCCCGAUUCCGCCGACUCGCCGCUCAGUAUCAUCCUGACAAAGUCGGCAUCGAAGGCGAGGCAUACUUCCUAUACCUACGACGAGCCCAGGAAACACUAGUCGACCCCGUCAAACGAUUCGCAUAUGAUCGCCUCGGCUCCGAUAUGCUGAACUGGGGCGAGAAGAAGACCAUGCGCGAGUUCCUAAUGGCCUCAUUAACCCGAUCCGUUCUCCCCCAGUACCUGGGAGGCUUUGCGACAAUGGUAGUAUUGAACUGGCUCUGGUGGGCGAAUUGGGGACGCUACUGGCGCUGGUUCACCUUCGCUGCCAUGCUCACCCUCGAGCUCGCCAUGAUUACGCGCCCACAAGCUGUCUUCAUGCCAGUGGCCUACCUCCCUUCAGCGCUACGAGCCUGGCUCCCCCAGCAGUCCUUUUACCUCCUCCCCUUCCAGAUCCUAACUCUGGCCCGCCGCGCCUCGAUCAUGCUGCACAUUUUCAUCUCGCAGGUUGCACCGCCGGCCGCCAAAGCAGCGCCAGGCGGAAAUGGCGAUAAGCUCUCACCGCAGACGGUGCAGCAGUUCGGGAAAUUGGUGCAGCUGUCCCGGGCAGUCGAUGACGAGGCCACUCGGAUGAUGCAGCUCGGUCAGGCGCCUUUCCGCGGUGACCGUGAGAGCGUGUCGACUCUCCGGCGGGGCAUGAAAGAGGGACUCAUCCUCGCUGGUGUACGGUCUAGUCCCGAGGUGCAACGGGCCGUGGCAGAAGUUGUAGAACGACGCCAGGGUGAGAAUAAGCUG